AGCUGAUGCUUCCCCAGUUGCAUCCUUUCCUCUCCUCUCCUUUCAUUGCAUCCCCAGUUUUAAACUACUUUUUAGGAAACUAUAUAUAUGAAAGCAGAUAAUUGGCCUCUCACCAUCUCAGACCGGACAACAGAUAAGAGAGAGGGAAAAACAAAACAAUGUCAAACCUGUUCAUUAAGCAGGCAAAGCAUUAUGCAAAGGGUCGCCCGAGCUACCCAACAGAAUUAUUCCAAUUCAUUGCCUCAAAGACCCCAGAACAUGAUCUUGCAUGGGAUGUCGGUACCGGCAGCGGCCAGGCUGCCCGAUCUUUGGCUGAGAUUUACAAGAAUGUCGUAGCCACAGACACAAGCCCAACACAGCUUGAAUUAGCAUCGAAACUCCCCAAUAUCCAAUACCAGCAUACCUCUCCAGUCAUGUCCCUGGCGGAGGUUGAGCAAAAAGUGGCAGCAGAAUCAAGCGUUGACUUAGUCACCAUUGCACAAGCCAUACACUGGUUCGAUCUCCCUGUAUUUUACCAACAGGUGAAAAUGGUGCUCAAGAAACCCCAUGGAGUCAUCGCCGCCUGGUGCUACACGACCCCAGAAGUCAACGUUUACGUGGACAAGAUCCUUCAACGAUUUUACGAGAAUCCUUACUGGGAUCCACCGCGAAAACUGGUGGAUCGUAAGUACAUAGACAUCGAUUUUCCGUUCGAGCCUUUGGAUGGGGCGGAUAGCACGGGACCAUUCGAGUUCGCAAAUGAGAGAUCGAUGGGUCUAGAGGACUAUUUUACCUACUUGAGAUCGUGGUCAGCGUAUCAGAAGGCUAAGGAGAAGGGCGUUGAGCUUUUGAGCGAGGAUGUGGUUGAGGAUUUCAAGCGUGGUUGGAGUGAAGAAGGGAAUAAUGACCAAAAACUGGUUAACUUUCCUGUUUAUCUAAGGAUUGGGAAAGUGGGUCUGUAAAAGAAGCAUGGAUUGGGAGCGUGGGAAAUAUUGGUUGAAUUGCCUAAUGUCCCUUGCAAAGAUUGUGAUCAAUUCAAAUAAUUAAGGUCAUUGUUUAGUAAUUUAUAUUAUG